GGAUAUUUUGUGAAAUGACGUAACCGGAAAACCAGGAAGUACAGUGUGAAGGUUGGCGCAGCAACAGCGGCAAGAUGGGGGUGAAAAUAGAGGUGUUUCGUAUGAUGCUGUAUCUGUCCUUCCCUGUGACCAUGUUCUGGAUCUCCAACCAAGCAGAGUACUUUGAGGAAUAUAUUGUGAAGAGAAAGAGGGAGAUUUUCCCACCCGAUGAAAAGAUGCAUAGGAAAGAGCUGGAAGACUUCAAAGAGCGCAUGCGAGACCGCAAGGAGCGGCGGCUACUGAAACGGAUGGCCUUGGAGGAGGCAGAGAAGGAGUGAGGGGGACAGUGCAGAUAGACAAUUGGAGGAGGACGAUGACCCCAAUGCCCAAUCAGCAGCCGGUUUUUUUCUACUUGUUGUUCCACAGGAGGGGGAGCAGUGUCACUGCCAGGCCCGAGGACUGGAACAUGUGCUGUGUCACAAAAGGCACCCUAUUACCUAUUUAGUAUACUACUUUGACCAUGGCCCAUAGGGCUCUGGUAAAACGUAGUGCACUGUAUAGGAAAAAGGGUGCCAUUUGGGGCUAUACUAGACACCCUUUGGGAGGCUGUGCUUGAGGGGGACCUUCAAGUUACCCCUUUUGAACUGAAAAGUCUCACCGAAAAGCUUUUUAUGAAAUGCUUUAUUUCACUGCAAUCAAACUACAACUUCACUGUUGAUGAUCUGCUCUGCCAUGGUGUUAAUGUAAACCUUGGGUGUGUAUGAUUGUCUCAUAAAAAAAGAUGUGUGAAUGAAAUAUUAGGACAGAAUCAUAUGGCUUGGAAUAUUAUUUAUUUUUUAUGAUUUAGAAUACAUGUCUUUUGUACAUGGAUGUUUCAACACUGUCCUUCAUUAAAGUGUAAAUGUGUCUUUGCUGAA